AGAGCUAGAUAUUCUAAUUCUAUGCACUUAAGAGUCUUAGACUAAUCUAGGUUUUGCAUGCUUAGAUUUUUGCAAUUCUUCGGAACAUAUUAUGGAUAGAUUGGAGUUACUUUGUUAAAAAUCUUUUUGCAGGAUGAGUGGUGAUGACAUACACCAGCAUGAAAGGCAAACAAUUCUAACUAGACUUUUAGAUGCUGUGAAACAAUGUCAGGUACGCUUUGGUGGAAGGUCAGAAUUGGCCACAGAUUCAGACAGUAGAAUUUCCUGUUUGUGUGCAACAUGGGAAGCAGCUUUACAACAUGGAAUGAAGAAAAACAACAAAGCUUUUUCUGCAUUCAAACAAAUGACAGAAAGAGCAGGGCUAGGCAAAGUAACAGAUCUGUUCUCUGACAUUAAAAGGAUUGAAACUGAACCAGUAUUUUGGCAUUAUGCUAAGGAACAUUUGACUAAGCAUGAGUUUCAACGAUUCAAUAAAUUGAAACUUGUAAAUACAGAUUCUGGAAGAGGCCGAGCGUGGCUGCGGGCAUCCUUAAAUGAACAUUCUUUGGAACGAUACAUGCAUAUGUUGAUAGAGAGUGAUGAGAUGUUGUCGCAACACUAUGAGGAGUGGGCAUUCCUUAGGGAUGUAGAGAGAAGCAGCAUGUUACCCAAUAUGGCAGCAGGUUUGGGGUCCAUUUUGUUUGCUAUUACGGUAGACAGACCAGAACUCAACAAAGGUUACACUGUGCCUAACUCUAUUCAUGUCACCUCCAUGGACUCACUAGAAGCCAACUUACUCAAGGAAAAAGAACCAGAGCCUAUUAUCUCUGAACCUGUUUCACCAAUUGCAGUCAAAAAGAAAGAGAAGAAGAAAAAGAAGAAGCUGCCCAAUGUGGUCAGUUUUGAUGAAGAUGAAACAGUGGCCACUGUGAUCACUAGAACAGGAAGUAGCAGCUAUAGUCCAGUUGCUGACCCCAUUAGUGAUUCUCAAACUGCUGAUCAGGACAAAGAAAUAGGUGAAGAUCUACAAGACGAUAAUGUCUUCUCUAUUGACUCUGCUAAAGAUGUAAAUAAUAAACCCUCUUCUGCCUCUGUUGAGCUCAUUAAGGAGCAGUCAACUCCAGCACUAGUCAGAGUAUCCAGUGAAGUUAGCUCCCCUUCUAUCCGUUCUUUCAACUCUGACAGGUUGUCCAAGUCCAGCGUAGGAUCUUAUAGUGACCUUGAUCAUGACACUAGCUCAUAUAUGGCACCAGUCAGUUCCGACGGACUUGUUAUGGAGACUGAGAUGGUGCCGUUGAAUCACACAGAUUCUCCUGACAGAAUUUUGAAUAACUCAGAUCUAACAUCCGACUAUCCAAGACUUGUUGAGAUGGAGAAUGCUUCACUUGCCAUUGCUCUAGCCCAGAGUGGUCUUUCAAAUAGUUCCAAGACAAAGAAGAAUUCUUUUGAUUCUUCCAAAAUCUCUCAAGAAAUCAUGUCACAUGAAGAACUAAAGCAGGCUGUUGUGGCCAUGAUGUUGCGGAAAGAUUCAGUCGAAGAUCAGAACAGAAAAAUUGAAGGCAUGUUACAGCAUGAGAUGGAGACUUCAUCAACUCUAAGAGCUGAAAUUGAAGAAAUGAAAAUGCAAAAUUCAGCCAGACAGGAGAAAGAACAGGCCAAGAUUCUGGCUUUACAAAAAGAAAAUGAGUUAUUGAAACAUCAGCUAAAAAAAUAUGUCAGCGCAGUACAGAUGUUGAGAACAGAAGGCAUAAACAAAGAAGAUAAUCUUGGCAUUCACUUAGAAGAGCCACAACCCAGCAUCCCACCUCCCAAGCCUAUUAUAGACUACAGCCAUGAGGCCUCAGAGUAUGAAAGAAAAUUAAUACAGGUAGCAGAGAUGCACGGGGAAUUGAUGGAAUUUAAUGAGAUGCUUCAUCGUCAGCUUGCAGCCAAGGAAUCCUUGUUGCGACAGUUGAGAGAUGAGCUGAUUUUAUUAAGAGGACCUCUACCUAACGACAGACAUCAAUCAUUUGAUACAGGACAAGAGAUAGAAAGUUUUAGUCUUCAAAGAACGCUCAUUAACAUUUGGAUCCCUUCAGCCUUUUUAAGAGGAACCUCGAAUAAUACUCAUCAUGUUUAUCAAGUGUAUGUGAGAAUCAGAGAUGAAGAAUGGAAUGUCUAUAGACGGUACAGUCAGUUUCUAGACAUGCAUGUGAGACUCAAGAAAGUCUACCCGAUAGUUGGCAAGUACGACUUCCCACCCAAGAAAGCCAUAGGGAAAAAGGAGGCAAAAUUAGUGGAAAGCAGACGUCAAUCUUUUCAAGCCUACCUACGCAGCAUCAUCAAUUUACUGAUGGAGAAAAAUGACCAACUUGCAAACUCAGCCACAAAAGAAAAAUUAAUUUCCUAUCUGCCAUUCUUCAAUGAUAAACUGGAAGAAGGAAAUAAAAAGACUAAGAAAGGGAAACGUAACUCUACAACCAUUCCUGUAUCAGUAGCAGAAGUGACAACUAAUAGGGCAGAAGGGGAUCAAGUUUUAUCUUAUCAAGGAUUAUGAUAGUAUUUCUUUUUAUUUGCUGUUAAGUCUCUAGUUUUCUAUUAAAACUAUUACGUUUGUUGUGAGUAAAAGUGCCAUAGGGUCUUACUGGUUUUUCAAUUACAUACAGUACUGAUACAUUUGCACAUUAAUUUUAUUGUUAUUUUUAUAAUGUGUUGCAUUUAAUAUGUAACUAUUAAUCAAGAUGUGUAGGCCAGGGUCUCUGUAAAUAUAAUGUUAAUGUUAUUAUUAUUAAUGCUUGGGUUGCCCACAUCUGGGACCUAUGUCAGCUAGUUUAUCAAUCAAUUUCUUAACUGAAAAUAUGUGAUAGGUUGUGUUGUGGAAGCAGUUCUGUUCUCCUGAUUUAUUUGUCACUUUCUUUAUGUAUUAUUACUUAUAUUUUUAUGACUGUGUCUUUCAAGUUCACUUUGAUAUUUACAUACCUGCGCUAGGGCUAUAAAUGAGUUAAAUGUUCACUGAGGAUUAGAUAAUAAUCAAAACUGCCUUGUAAUCAAAGUCAAGUAUUACUUGUUUUGCGCCAUAUACUCAGUACAAUAGCUUACAAAGAUACAAAGUUCCUUGCUUGCAGUUUGAAUGAAUUAUUAGGGGGACAUUUAAUUAAAAGAAAGAUGUUCCAGAAUGUUGGACUCAAUUUUUUAAAAUUAUCAUUUGAGACAUUUACUGUAUGUCUUAGAAGGGAUAUUCCUUAUUCGCUUGCCACAUUGCUUGUCAAUUUAAAAUAGCUCAAAUUUAAUAAUGCUAAAUUUCAUUUGUUGCCUUUUCCAUUGUGAUUUAACUAUAGAACUAAGGUUGAUAUACUGUAGUGAGAUUAAAGUAUUGUAGUUUUGAGUUUGCUACAUUGUAGCGCCAAGGUUGUUAUACUGUAGUGCUGUAGAACAGUUAUGUGAUAUUAAAACAAAAAUAAUUUUUGUGGUAAUCUUCAUCAAAUGACUCAGCUUUUUUUGGUGAAGCAAAAUGUUAACAAGGGAAAAAUUAAUUGAAAGUUUACAAAUAUAAAAAAAAUUCCCCCUUGCAAGCAGUCAACCACCAUGUGAAAUAGAUACCCCAUCCAGUCCAGCAUGGUGAAGUCUAGUUCAGAUAUCAGUUUAGUCUUAAUGUCAUAGAUAGCACAGCCACCUUAAGACUAAGACUACUUUUUUAAUUCUUGUUAGAAUUAUAUUGUCAUUGCAAGGACUCUUUUUUUUUUUUUUUUUAAUGAAAAAUCAUCAACAUUCCACAGAAAUUAGAGACUCAUUAAAGUCCAUUGAGUGGCUACACACAUCUUGAUCUUUUCCAUAUUAUCUAGUCAACGACUAGCGCUGAUAAUCUCACACAGCAAGGAACAAACAAGUUUUUGUACCAUUCAGUUCUUGCCCAAUAUGCGCUGGCUUGACAUAGUUAUGAGUGUGUGGCAGUUGUCUUCUAAAACCUUAUUGACUUUGCUGAGACAUGUCUUCAUUGAAAAUACUCAUUUCAUUGGGGUAGGAUUGUGCUUUUGAUACUCAUGUAUAAGGUUGUCCAUGUGGCUAAUAGCUUGGAUAACACAUUGCCUUGCCAACAAGUUGUUGCCUGUGUUAGAAGAUUUUGUAUUGUCAUACAGUAAAACUUAACCAAGAUGGUGUUUUGUAAUUUAAUACUUUUCAGUUUUAGAAGAAAAAUAGCGGCUGUGUGACUUUCUUAUCCAGGUUUUCAAGAUGCUCCCCUCACUGUGGUCUACAAUAACACUCUGUAUGAGUUUACUUUUAGUGGUAUAUCUGGAGUGGAUGUAUUAAUUGCUUUUUCUAACCAAAGUCUGAGUUCUUUUUUUUUAAACAUUUAGUUCUAAAAAGUUGUCAAUGCGCCAGUCUUUUAUUGAACUUCAAUACUGUUCUGUCUCCUGAAAUAAGACAAACUAUGGCCUUAUGGCAGUAUCAUCAGCAAGUUAAAAAUUGCAACAGUCAUGGAGGCUUCGUAUGUCAUUAGUGUAAAGGAUCUACAGUACCUGAGAAGGUUGUUGAGGCCUGUACAUAGUACUCGAAUUGAUGAUUUGAGGUUUUAAACAAACUGGGGACGUUGGAUUAGGUAAUUUAAAACUCAUGGUUGUAGGUGGGAGAUGACAUUUAAAUGGCAUGGUCAGUAACUGGCUUCUGAAAGAAAAACCUUUGAGAACCCAAGAAAAGGUUACUGUUGAUUGAACAAAAGAGGUGAUGACAAGAGAAUGUAACACACUAGACUAAUUUGGAUCAUUAUUGUCUUGGAAGGUUUUGUAAUCUCCCCUAAUAUUCAGAAUCAAAGACAAUGCCUUACUAUUAUUGAUAACUCAAAAUUAAACGUGAAUGUUUCAGUUUAAUCUGGUCCUUGUUUUAUUUAGGGUUCUUUAAACUUAAUUUUAAUGUACCGGUAGAAAAAAAGCUUUAAAAUAUUUAAUACAUUCUUUAUUUUCAAAAAAUGUUUUUAAUGCUUUAAGAUAGUUAUUAUUUUUAACAUUAUUGCAUGUUUAUGUCAUUAUAAAAGUAUUUUAUAAGAAUAAUUUUUUUUUUAGAUUUUUUUUUUUUUAAACAUCGGUCAUUCAUGAUAACCACAAAUAACAUAUUUAUAAUAUUCAUAGUAAAAAUUAAAUUACAUUAGUAUUUUCAAACAAAUUAUGAAAUCAUUUUAUUUAUAUACCUGAUACUCUUUUUUUUUUUUUUUUUUUUUUUUUUAAGAUGUUUUCUCUUGCAAGAUCUUUUCUUGAUCUUAUUUCCACUUACUAGUUGAUGAAGUAAAACUUUCUUGCUUCUUAAUAAGUAUGUUUAAUUAGGUUCAUUGUAUUAAAACUACACACUAAGCACUCUGCUGUGAAAGACUGAUUAAUAUGGACAUUUCUUUACCAGUUAAAUAAUAUGAUAAACAGUGCAAAAUUAAAUAUAAUUUUAAAAUUUAAACUUAACAUGGAAAUUUUUUUCUACUUUUGUUUUAAAUUUUAGAACUGUAUUAAAUUUUUUUUAUUUAUUUGAUUACGACAUGUUUGAAAUGAUUUUCAAUUUUUUUAAAAAGUCAUUUUGACAGCUGUAUUAGGUCAAACUGCAAAACAAGAAAGAUACAACUUACUGGUUUGGGUAACAGCACAAUGACUCCCUGGUUCAAAUACCAAGCAGUCAGGUCAAUUUGUUCCCAGUUUCACUGUUCAUCAUUGAGUCUGCUUUAUCUUAUUUUCACAGUAUAUAAGAGUACCUAACACUAGUAGAGCAUUGUAAAGGAAGACAACUCCUGUCAUUAGAAAAAGUCUUAGAACAGUGUGCUUUAGUUCCAUUGCCCUGUCCAGAAUGUUCUAGAAAGGCUUUUUGAUUAUUUAUUGAGUCUCAAGUUUGACUUCAAAUUUUAUUUUCAUUGAAAAUUUGUUUCACUCUUUUUUUUUAAAAAACGUAAAGUGUUUGCAUUUUGCGUCUUCUUUGUGUUUUACAGUGUUUUACAGUUCGACAUCAAGUCUUUUAUGUUCUGUGUAAAUAGUUGUAAUCAUGUUUGAUUAAGAUACUAAAAGAAUAGCAUUGAAUGUUUAAAAUAUGGAUUGUGAAGGUUCAAUGCUCAUCUGCAUAGAAUUCGUUUUAAAGUCUAUAAUUCAACUGACCAUGCUGAUCACAUAAUACUUUAUCGCUAAUAAUAAUAAUAUUUGUUUUAUCUCUGUGAUCACUGUAAUUUCUUUUAUGCAUGACCUCCCCACCCCCCACCCCCUUUCCCACAUUUUUCGGUACCAAUAGUCUGCAGCUUGCUGGUCAUUCGUUAGGUUUAAAUUUGUGUUUUCAUAGAAAAUGAAAUGUAUACUGUUCGCUACUUAACGUAUAAAAAAAUUGUGUGGCUUCGAUGCGAAAUGUUGGGUGCAUUUACCACAGGCACAAACAAACAUUUGAUUCAUAAAAUGAUUAUUUCCACUAAUCAUAUUUUUUUUAUGUACUAAAAAAACAAACAUCUUUUCAUUACCAUGGUCACAUCAUGAAGAUACUAUAUUAUUUUAUUUUUUAAAUUACCCUUUUUGUUGAUUAUAAUUGCUACCAGUGAAACUAUUAUCAUUUUGUGCUCGUUUCUCCUGCUGCCUCCUGCCUAAUACUGUCACUUUCUAUCUAGUCUGUUUUACUGUAGCCUUUGGUCAAAAGGUCAAGGGUCAUGUUCCCUUUACUCCAACCUUUUUUUUUUUGCUUAUUAUCAAACUACUUUUAGUUGUAUGAAAAGAAAAAGCCUUGUGCAAUAUUUAUAUAUAUUGAAAAUGAAAUAAUAAAGUGUAGAAAAUAUUUGGUCA